CAGAGGGUGUUCGCGGUCUGUUCAGAAGGAUUGUGGACUUAAUUUUGUGUGUGUGAGAUUUAAAUGGUGCUGCCGUUUUACCACGGAACCCUGCGAGAGUUUUAGGACGCGGAGCAGACUGCUGUCCACUUCUACACACUCAACACCAUGGCUGCCGCUCUCACCAUGCUCUUCUUCCUCCUUCACAUCUUCACUGCUUCAGUGCAGGGAUCAGCCUCUGAUCAAGUCCCCCCCCAGAUAAACCCGCACCUCACCAGUUGUGUCUCCACCAACAUGGAGACAUUCCGCUGCAGAUGGAAUGUCGGAACUCCCCGGAGGCUCUCCGAGCCGGGAGAUCUGCGCUUGUUCUACAUUAACAAAAUACCCUCCAACACUCCUCCUAAAGAGUGGAGCGAGUGUCCUCACUACAGCACAGACAGGCCAAACGAGUGCUUUUUCAACGAGAAACACACAUCCAUCUGGACACAUUACCGCGUCCACCUCAGCUCGAGGGAUCAAUCGAUCAUCUAUGACGAGAAACUCUUCCACGUUCAGGACAUCGUGGAGCCGGAUGCUCCGGUCUACCUGAACUGGACUCUGCUGAAUGUGAGUUUGACCGCCAAUCACUAUGACAUCAUAGUGAGCUGGAAGCCGCCUCAGUCCGCAGACGUGCAGAUGGGAUGGAUGACGCUGCAGUACGAGGUCCAGUACCGUGACGCCAACUCUGACCUGUGGGAAGUGGCCGACAUUGGGAAAGACACACAACGCUCCAUUUAUGGGCUUCAAGCUAAUGCCAAUCACGAGGUUCGGGUCCGGUGUAAAAUGUUAGGUGGGAAGGAGUUUGGAGAGUUCAGCGACUCUAUAUUUGUGAACGUCCCAUCUAAAGUGUCAGGAUUCCCAGUGAUGGCCUUGCUCAUCUUCGGUGCCUUGUGUUUAGUGACCCUCUUGAUGUUAGUUAUCAUCUCGCAGCAGGAAAAGUUGAUGGUUAUUCUUUUGCCUCCUGUUCCUGGACCUAAAAUACGAGGAAUUGACCCUAAACUACUCAAGAAAGGGAAGCUGAGUGAGUUGACAUCCAUCCUAGGUGGCCCUCCUACUCUGAGGCCGGAGCUGUACAACAACGACCCCUGGGUAGAAUUCAUCGAUCUGGACAUUGAGGAGCAGAGCGACAGACUGACGGACCUGGACACGGACUGUCUCAUGGAGCGCUCCCUGUCCUCCAACUGCUCACCCCUCUCCAUGGGCUUCAGAGACGACGACUCAGGCCGGUCCAGCUGCUGCGAUCCAGAUCUCCCAAACGACCCAGAAGCGUCAUCUUUCAUUCCUCUUAUCCCGAAUCAAAGCCACGCUAAGGACUCGUCAUGCUCAACUGCUUGUGAGCCAAGCCCCCCUGUCCAGAGCCCCGCCGCUGGUGAGCCUUGUUUUGUUGCACCGGGUAGAGAAGCGUUGUACACCCAGGUGAGUGAAGUGAGGUCAUCUGGCAAGGUGUUGCUUUCACCUGAGGAACAGGCUGAGGUGGGGAAAAGCAAGAGCAAAGACACAUUGAAAGUAAUCAUGGCGGAGAAAGAGAAAGAAAAGAAAGAGUUUCAGCUCCUGGUAGUGAAUUCAGGUUACACCUCGGAGCUCAACGCAGGAAAAAUGAGCCCCAGAUUGUACUCGGGAGACAUGAGUGAACCCUGCCAGACAGGAGGAGACUCAGGCUCUUCACCGUCCCUGUCGCCUUAUCACGAAUCAGAUACCACCCACAUGUCCCCUCUUCCCCCUGCUCCCGUCUACACCGUAGUAGAGUGUGUUGACAGGCAGAACAGCCUCUUACUGACGCCAAACUCGACACACGCCCCCCAGCUCAUAAUGCCAAAAAUCAUGCCGACACCAGACGGCUACCUGACCCCUGACCUUUUAGGAAGCAUCACACCAUAGAUCAGCGGUGAACUGGGCAAAGUUAAGACUGUUCAAUUAAAGGUAGAGAUAAGCCUGGGUACGGUCUUUGAGAUUGACUGUUGAUGGUCCCAAUGUUAAGUGUUGAAUGUCCUAAAAUAGUUGGGGGACAUCUGUUCCUGUUCUGCCAUCACCUAUGACCUCCCGCUGCGCCCUCUGACAGGGCUGUAAAGUUUUAGUCGGAGGUUUGGUAUGAGGGAGGAAGAGCUCAUGAGAAUGUGUUUUUGCUGCAGUUGUAGAAAAGGGCAAAGGGAAACUAUAAUCUUCAUUUGGAGUUGUGUUUUUGUCCAGUUGAUAAAUGUAAGUCCAUUUACUCUCCUUUAACCAUUAGAAAAUGAUCUGCCUCUUUAGCAGCUGAUUGCUUAACUAUCUUCACCAGAUAGCUGCUCAUUUUGUGUGUCUGCUAUUUGGUGCAGAGCCAAAACAGGCUAAAAGCGCUGACUAAAUGAGAAUGCUUGUUGUGUUAUGUAAAUUAUGGACGUUAAAUGAAACAAGUGAACGUUGACUUUUAGUUACAUACGGGACACGAACAGUGGUCGCCUGGGUAAAAGUCCUGUGUUUGUUAAACCAAACUAUUCAGCAGACGAGGCUUUGCAGAGUUGGUGGUUAUUCUCUGUGGUUUUGUCACUACGAGUCAAUUCAAUUCAAUGUUGAUAUAAAAAAAAAAUUAAAAAAUAAGCUUUAAAAAGGGUACAUUAAUGUUACUGUCACAUGCUUCAUUCCUAUCAUGUUGUACAUUUCAAAAUCUUUUUGAUAAAAUCAGGUCAUAUGUAGUUGAUGUACUCUGUGAAAGAUCAUGUGCCCUCUUUUUAUGAAUCCAACAUUUUUAUGUUUUUCAUAAUGUUUCAUACCUUUUCAGAAUUGCCAAAAUGAAAAAAACAUCCGAAAAAGGAAAAUAAAGCAUGAUCUGUGCGUGUAUAAAAGGAUCAAAUGGAAUAUAAAAUAUCACAUGCCUAUUACUUUGAUGUCAUUUUUUUCUUAACUUUGAAAUGUGUUCACAGCUGUCAGUGUUUCAGUACUCAAUCAGUAUUUCUUUUUGAGAGCACGGACUAUAAAAGUUUAUAUUUUUUUCAGUUGGUGUCUGGUUGACAGUGCAUUUAAUUCAAAUUAAAAGUUUGUGGUAUAUGGUCAUCAGUGCUGGAUUUGGACAGUUAAUGCAUUUUAACUGUUCAGGUGUUACAAAUAAAGCACUUUCAUACUUUU